UUUACGCGAGAGCCCCUCCGCCUUUUUUUCCUUCUCCAACCUCCGCUUCUAAUCUCUCUCCUCCUCUCCGCGGCGCCACUCUCCUUCCGCCGCCGCCGCCGACGACGACGACGACCUCCUCCUCCGGGUCGACGAAACCCUAGCCGCGGCGCGGAGGCCUGCUGCUUCCGGCUCCCGCUCCUCCCUGCCGAGUUCCCGCGAACCCUUCGCUGCCGGUGAAGGAAGGCGAGGAUGGACGGCGGCUACGGCUCGGUCACAAUCGUCCACGACGCGCGCUCCCCCGAGGACGUCUUCCAGGACUUCUGCGGCCGCCGCUCCGGCAUCGUCAAGGCCCUCACCAUCGAGGUGGAGAAGUUCUACAAGCAGUGCGACCCUGAGAAGGAGAACUUGUGCCUCUAUGGACUGCCUAAUGGAACCUGGGCAGUGACUCUACCAGCUGAUGAAGUUCCUCCUGAACUACCAGAGCCAGCCCUCGGGAUAAACUUCGCUCGUGAUGGAAUGCAGGAAAAAGAUUGGCUGUCCCUGAUAGCUGUCCAUAGUGAUUCAUGGUUACUGUCUGUGGCAUUUUACUUUGGGGCUCGUUUUGGAUUUGAUAAAAAGGCCAGGGAACGGCUCUUCAUGAUGACCAGUAGUCUCCCCACUGUCUUUGAAGUUGUGUCAGGAGGUGUGAAUACACAAUCAAAAACCGCCAACGGCAGUAGCAAAAACAAGUCAGGCUCUAAGCCACCAAAGCGGCCCAAUUCUGACAGCAAGCCACAGAAGCAGGUCCAGGCAAAGUAUGAGGAAGAGAACGGCGGCAGAGGAAAUGGAGGUGAUGAAGAUCAAGCUGAAACCAUUUGUGGCGCCUGUGGUGAGGCCUACGCAAACGGCGAGUUCUGGAUUUGCUGUGACAUUUGUGAGACCUGGUUCCAUGGCAAAUGUGUCCGAAUCACCCCUGCCAAGGCGGAGCACAUCAAGCAUUACAAGUGUCCUGGCUGCAGCAACAAGAGGACCAGAGAAUGAGCGUCCAUUUUUUCUUUCUAAUGUGAUCCUGAUAGUAGUGGCAAAAAAUAGAUAGUAGUUUACCCGUGAACUUGGGGAACCUCAAUUCCUACUGGGUGACCGUCGUUGCGGCAGCCCUGGUUGCCCCGCUGUAUUAGUAGUAGCUACGUUACUUCUUGUAUCAUACUGGACAUAGUUGGUAGUGCCACAGUAAUAGUAGUAUCAA